AUGAAAAAGAAAAAGGUUUUUAGAGUCGCAAUAUUUUUAACGUUUUACAUUAUUAUUGGACUUUUCCUAAUAUCUAUUGGGUUUGCAAGUGGGCAUAACAUUCUGAUGAAUGCUAUCUUUGGAGAGGGAAGCCAUUUUCUAUGUGCAGCAUCUGUGGGCGAACGUUUGGUUGGACAGGGACAUAAUGUAACGUUCCUUAUCAGCAAUGCUUACGCCCAUCGAGCCACUGACCCAAAAUAUUCCAACCUCUUCGAGUUUGAAAUAUUCCGCCAUGCUUUUCCAGUGGAAGCAGUUCACGAGCGAUACAACGCAUUCACUAAUCGUGUCUUCAAGUCUCAUAUGCGAUCAACCGGUAUCAUGAGUGACGGUCCGGUGGCUGACUGCGACGCUUUACUAGCCGACGUCGAAAUUAUGUCUCGUCUUCGAAGUUCUAAUUUCAGCGUCGUGUACUAUGAUAUUACAUGGUUGUGCCCCAUGCUCAUAGCUAAACAUCUCCAGAUACCUUACAUUGCUCAAUCAGCUCUGUCAUCACCAUGUACAAUCACCGGUUCAUCUACCUUGUCCUAUUCAUUGGCCUUCGUACCAGUAAUGCGCACGGGUUUCUCCAACAAAAUGAACUUCAGGAAUCGCGUGGUGAACUUGUUCGCUUAUAUUAGAAUGCAAUACUUUUUCGGAUACUCUCACAGUCAGUACGACAAACUUAAACACAAAUACAAUAUUGCCCCGUAUACUUCCAUUCCUCAACUGAUCGCCCAAAGUGAACUGUUCUUGGUAAAUACUGAUUUUUCAGUGGAAUUCCCAUGCGCCAUACCACCCAAUGUGAUUCCUGUUGGGGGCCUUACGACCAGACCGUCCCUUCCACUCCCAGGUGACCUUCAGGACUUCAUGCAGAGCUCUGGACAAGAUGGCGUCAUUGUUUGCACUUUCGGUACCUACCUCACAACGAUACCUAUCCAAAUUCUGGAAACCUUCUUGAAUGCCUUCGGACGUCUUCCUCAAAAGGUAAUCUUCCAAUUAAGUACCAUCCCACCUGGUAUCUCUCUACCUUCGAAUGUACAUACAUCACCAUGGCUGCCUCAGAACGAUCUUCUCGGUCACGCAAAGACACGUGCCUUCUUUUUCCACGGAGGUAACAACGGGUUCUACGAAGCCGUCUACCACGCCGUACCAAUGGCGGUCGUACCUCUUUACAGCGAUCAGUACGACACCGGAGCCAAGGUCGACGCCCACAGGAUCGGCACCGUCAUCGACAAGCUCAGCCUUACAGAGGACAGCAUCUACAGCGCCCUCAGAGAGAUCACCACCAAGGUCUCCUACAAGCGUAAUAUCCAGCGCUUGUCCGCCAUGUUUCGUGAUAGACCAAUGUCUCCUGCAGAGAAGGCAGCAUUUUGGAUUGAUCAUGUUAUUAAACAUGGCGGAGACCAAUAUCGCAUGCCUUCUGUUGAUCUCAAUUUUAUUGAACGCAAUCUUAUAGAUGUAUUAUUUUUCGCCAUAAUAUGUCUUGUUUCUGGACUGUUUUUCUUUCUGAUGAUGGGUAAAAUUGUGUUCAAGGUGAUUGUGCAUGCCAUAUCAGGUUCAAUUAAAGUUAAGAAAGAGUGA